GACAGACAGACAGACAGACAGACAGAGUAUUACUCUUGCAAUUCAAACAAAUCUCCAAAAUUAGCUAGUAUUCCCAGCCUUUCUGAAUCGUCCCCUGGUUUUAGUUUAGUCUAAACCUGGAGUGGGGGGCUAUAGUGUAAUUAAGGACGCUUUCCCAUAUCCCCUGUAUGAUCCUGGAGCGUUCGGUACCCUGAUCCGCGCUAUAAAGAAUAUGUAAAACGGAAACGAAUCCUGGACAAUACCUGGGCUGUGGAUUCAAGAUUUAGGACCAGGGUAGCAGGUGGACCAGGGUAGCAGAUGCUUCACCUGACAGCAGGACGAGUCGGGGGCUUGUUUUCCAGGCGCGCGGUGGUGGGACUGACCAACAGUGGUGCGAGGAUGUCAAGCCACCACGAGGUAUCUGACCAGGUGGACAUGUCCCAGCCAAUGUACUGGGAUCGUCUGGACACCCCUCUGCCAGACAGAGCAUGGAUUGAUGUCCUUGAUUCUAAGGAUAAGAGUCUGAAACAGAAGGAGAAGGGGCCAUGGACUGCACUGUCCAAGGAGGAAAAAAUUGCCUUGUACAGGCUGAAGUUCAACCACACCUACCCUGAGAUGAAGAAGCCGUCCCAUGAGUGGAAGACCGUGAUUGGUGGGAUGUUCAUCUUCUUUGGCAUCACUGGUCUGGUGGUGUUUUGGCAGGGCCACUAUGUGUACCCACCUCAACCUCACACUUUUGGUGAGGAGUGGCAGGCUAAGCAGAUCCAGAGGAUGCUGGACAUGCGGGUCAACCCAAUUGAGGGCUUUUCUGCCAAGUGGGACUACAAGAACAAACAAUGGAAGUAAAUGAAGUAAUGGAAUGGACGGGAUACUGUACUGAAAUGAGGAGCGGUUGGACUUGACAACACCUUGAGCCUCUGUUUAGCCAACAGCCUCUCCUUCCACCAUAGUGGCAAGCUACCCAUCUGAAUCCAUCCCCAUACUGUUUAAGUAAAAAAUUACAAAAAACG